CAGGCCGGGGGAGCCGGGGGGCGGGAGGAAGAAGCGCUGCUUUGUGAAUGAGGGGAGCGGCGGAGGAGUGGAAACUAACUUUAACAACAUUAUCCCCGCGGACGGGUGGACAUUUUUGUUUUGACACCGAAGCGGUGGGACGGAGCAGCGGGAGCACACGGCUUUUUAGAGGAUUUUUAAAAAUGGCAGUGAGUUUUGCCCACCUGGCCUGUCUCUGCCUGGUGGUGGCGAUAGUCAGGGGUGAACCCUGCCUCAUCAUCAGCGAGAUCAACGCCGACAACCCGAGACUGGAUACCACUGAGUUUGUGGAGCUGUAUCACACCAGUGGACAACGGGCUUCGCUGGAUGGCUACACCCUUGUCUUCUAUAACGGGAAUGGAAAUGUAGCCUACAAGGUGCUGGAUCUCAAAGACCACAGCACAGACGACAGAGGUUUCUUCCUGGUGGGCUCAGUGGACAUGGUGCCCAAACCCGCAAUCCUCCUGCCUCCCAAUACAGUCCAGAACGGCCCGGACGCCAUUGUCCUCUACCACACAGCCGCUGGUCGCUACAAUGAGAAGAUGGACGUCACGGCAGUCGGGAUGGUGGAUGCCGUCGUGUACAUGACUCGCCGGACUGGGGGUGCAGAGUUCCUCGCUGAGACGCUGACACCUGGAGAGCCAGCCUUCGUCGAGGACGAGACAACACUUGAGGGAGAUGAGUCAAUCGAGAGGUGCCUGAUGUCCGAAGACAGGUGGGGCUUUCAGGUGUCCUCGCCAUCCCCAGGUCAGCGAAACAACUGCACCCCGCCGGCUGCCCCACUAACCAGUCCUGUCAUCACUGAGCUGAAGCUGGGAGGAGGGCAGGUGGACGGGUUUGUGGAGCUCACGGACGCUCCAGCCGCAGGUCCUCUGGUGCUGGUUGUGUUGGAUGGGAAAACAGACUUGGUCAGUGUGAGUGUGGAUGUGAAUGUGGAGACCUCCAGGAACUGGCUGAUCUCCAUGAGGAUAGAGAAGAAUUACAUGAAAGGAGAUGAGUCUGGGGCAGUAGCUGUUUACAGUGGCAGAGCCUCAGACUUCCCUGUGGGCAGUCCACUGAGUGAGAUUCAGCCUUUAGAUGCGUUUGUAUUUGCCGGACCCGGAAAAAAGCCAAGUGCCAACCUCACCGAGACUCUCAUCCCAGGCAGACAGCCGUACCAACUCAGCAACAGUUUGAGAGAAGGAGGUUUCGACCUGAGUCGUUGUGGUGUGGCUUCCUGGCCCAGAGAUCCCGGUGUCUUCUGGGAGGCUCCACAAACUCCUGGGCUGCCCAACCAGUGCCCCUGGCCAAAGAUCUGCCCUCACAGUAUAUUAAUUCCAGGAGGAGGAGACUCACAGUCUCACAUCCCACCAUGGGGGAACAGCGACUUCCUCAUCAAUGAGCUGAACACUGAUACACCCGGUGCAGCUGAGGAUGGCGAGUACAUCGAGCUUUGGCACCCGUCAGGUCGUCGAGUCUCGCUGCAGGGGAUCUGGAUCUUGCUGUUCAGUGCCCACAACAACAAACCCUACAGGGAGAUCAGCCUGAGUGGACACUUCACCACUUCCAAGGGCUACUUUCUGCUUGGCAGUGAUAGGCUGGUGCCGGCUCCAUCGCUUCGUCUGCCUCCAAACACCAUCCAGAACGGGCCAGACGCUGUGGCGCUCUACCGCAGCCCGUAUGGCCCACCGUCGGCCACGCAGAGGGGGAUUCCCACUAAAGGCCUACUGGAUGCAGUGGUGUACCGGCAGAGAGGCUCUGAUAAAGAGGCGCAGGAGCUGAGCAACGCUCUGACCCCGGGACAGCUGCCUCUGUUGGAGGAUCCAGAAGUUCUGCCUGGGGAUGAGUCUCUCAGCCGCUGUCGGGGCCUUUACCCUCAUGACCUAUCUGCUUUUUCAGUGGCUCCACCUACCCCUCUGAGGGAGAACAGCUGCCCCCGCCCACCUCCAGCCCCUGAAGGUGUGGUCAUCAGUGAGGUCGCCAGUGGCCACUGGACCGAUCACAACCAGCAGAGAGCCUUUGUGGAGCUGCAUGGGCCCCCCAUGACAGACCUGCAAGGCCUGGUGCUCUCUGUGUUUGACCAGGAGCGCAGCGGCACCGUCAUCGCCCUUCCUCUGACUGGAUCUAUUGAUCAGGAUGGAUUCUACGUAGUUGGAAAUGUCACCGGAGCAGAUCAGAGUUUCCUGCCGGGCUCGACGGUGCCGGCACAAGGAGCGGUCGUCCUGUGCUAUGACCUGUUCAGUGUCUGCAGAGCUGGCACCGCUCUGACCAACUCCAGUCUCAGAGACAUGAUUGUGUUCAGUGAAAACCAGCAGCUGCUCUCCUCCCUGUCCACCACCAGAGGGAGACAAGUCAUUCCAGCACUCAGGUCAGUGGAGGAUGGUGCCGUCUCGCUCAGCCGCUGUUCGUGCUGUGAGGUGAGAAGCCCCUCCUCCUGGACAAGCUCCUCCCCAACGCCCCACAGCACCAACCUCUGCCCGAGCCCCGCCUUCUCCAGUCACAUUGACCUUUGCCUUGGACCCCUGUCCAGUGACUGGCAGGAGGAAUCAGGAGACUGCAGUAGUCUGAUUCAGGGGAAGAGGGUCGCUGAUGUGGCCAACUACCUGGAGAAGAGGUGUCACUGUGGCAUUACUGCCUUGUAUCUCCAAGGAGCCAACUUCUCCUGUGUGUCUGGUUGGCUGCGAGUGUGGGGGAACGUCCAGGCUCUGUCAGACCAUCAGAAGGCCCUCAUCAUCCAGACGUCGCACAUUAAUCCCUCAUCUGCUCAGGGGGACGUCUGUUCUUCUCCAACCACGGGCCGUUACACAAGCACAGCGUCGACCCUGGGUUUACAGAUCGGACUGAUAAUAGCAGUGCUGCUGCUGCUGGGACUCGGAGCUGCUCUGUUCACAUAUUUCUACAGGAGGAGGCGUCCUCUGGACUACUACACCAUGGAGCUGAGUGAACACGCAGAGGGACUGUCCGAUCUAUAAUCCAGGCUUCGAAUCAUUGUGCGUCUGCGUCUGGGAGUGCUUGUGUGUGGAAGGACCUCAGCAGAGACAGAGAGAGAGACGGGGGUAAUAAUCAGACCUGUGCGUAACUGAUUUUGUGGUUGUUUGUUUGGAAACAAUAAGGCACCACAAGUGUCCUUCUCCCGGUCUCUGGGAGAUCACUGAUCAACAGUGGGGCUGCACCCAGUGUGUGACAUGUGAUACCUUAUAGCACCGGGGACACACCGGCAGCCUGCGUGUUGAAUUUGAAAACAUCUUAUUUAGUUGCCUGUGAACAUCGCUGGUUACAACUUUUUAAAGGAAAAUGAAGAUAUAAGGGAGGGAUGUUAAAAUACUUGAGUCCUAAAUGGUCCUUUUUUUAUUGACUUGUUUGUUACUGUGGUAGAAAAGCGUGUAAAUGUAAAAAUGUAUGCUCUUGAUUUAUGCAGGAAGCUCGUUACAACUUAAUGAACUUCACUCUCAACUGGUACUACAGUGUCUUAACAACAGGUGUUUUAAAAGGAAAAAAAGAUAAUCUCUGUUUAAGCUCACGUUUAUUCUUCAAAAUGAGUCGACUACCUGCUUUACUUUGCUGCUGCAUGCUCUACUUGUCCAGUUCCGACUCGAGUCUCUCUGACUGUCUUUUAAAUGUGACUAUGUGUAGCUAACUCGUUGAUUGAGUGUCCUUAACCACUUGUGUAUGCUUACUUAAAGCAAACUGUUUACAUUUGUUAGAGUGAAAAUUAGGGUACAAAAAAGGAUGUGAGAAGUGUUUUUUGGGAAUGAGGAGUAGUUGUUGUCCGAGUUAUGAAACUGCUUUGUGUCGAGGGGCAAGAAAAAAAUCCGAGCUAUUUGUGUUACACUUGUGUUGAAGUGACUCAGAAACCUCUGCUGACGUGCGUGUGAUUUGUUCAGCGGGCUCCGCGUUUCUCAGAGUCAGCGUGCAGCCAUAAUUAUGGCAGGGUUCUCAGGAGGCGGCGGCCUACCCACAAUCUAUAAAAAUAUCAGAAUAUGAAAAGAUUUCAAAAUUUGUAUUAAUUGCCAAGACAUCAAGUGCCAGGAAAUAAACGUCAAGGUUGAUGCUCCGUUUCUGAAGAUGCCUGCGUGCUGCUUGCCUUGUUACUCGUCUGCACAGAUGCAAAGACUGUCUGUUGUGUUUGUUUGUUUGUUUUUUGUUUUAAAAUACCCUGGUGAAGGGAACUUUCCACCUCAGCUCCAUGUCUAUCAUUUCCAAUUUGUCGAUACUACCUUUAACACCUCCGUCAAGCUGAGUUAACCCGAUGAAAUCACACACAGCACUAUUAGCUCUUCAUAUACAUCCAGGUGUUUUAUACAAAAUUUAAAUCUGCAUAAUCAUGUAAACUAAGUGAGCAAAUAUGAUGUUUUACACUUGUGUGUAGUGUAAUCUUCUGGAAAUAUCUUCAAUUGUGUGCCUAUAUGUGUUUUUUGUGAUUUUGCAUAAAACAGUUGACAUUAUAAACCUAAAGCAGACUGGCCAUUUGCUUGUAGUUAAGGCCUAAAGUUUUAUUUACAAUCAGAGAAAAACGACAAGCAAGAGGAGUGAGAAAUGUCUGCACAGGAGAUGCAGAUAGCCGAGUAAAUGAGUGAUUAUAUUUUAAUACAUUAAUGGAAAUAUGAGAUGAAUAUUCUCACUGAUAUUGUACUGUCUAUGAUCCCGCUCGUCAAUCUGCACAGCCCCAGAUAAGAUUUGUAUUUUAUAGCAUUUGAGCAUAAUUGAUUUUUGUAUGAGCUAAAACACACAAUAAACAAUGUUUAAAAAAUUGA